AUGUUAGUGCAAGAGGUUGAAGAUCACAUUUAUGUUGACGGGUUUAACCCCGACUAUGUAAACUUGCCGUGGGUAGAACAUGGUGAGAAGUUGCCUGAGUUACCAGCACUUAAUGUAGCAAGACCCUUUAAGCCACAUCAACCAAUAUCAGUAGGCGAUAUACCAGAUAUGUUGCAGGAUGCUUUUGGCCUUCAUGAUAAUGAACAUUUCCCAGACAUAGAGGUUGAGGAUUUGGCCAAUCAUGAUUCCAUUCCAACACCUGAUGCAGCUAAAUUUUACAAGCUAAUGAGUGAAGCUGACAUGGAGUUGUUCCCUGGCGCUAGGAAAAAGAAGAUUGACUUCUUGAUUAGAUAUUAUCAACUCAAAGAUUUGCAUGGUUGGAGUGAUGUUUCAUUCACAGAGUCAUUGAAGCUAUUGAAUGAGUCAUUUCCCGAGGGAGAGAACCUCCCUGAUAGUUUUUACAAAACCAAACAGUUGGUGAAAGAUCUUGGGUUGUCAUAUGAAAAGAUAGAUGCAUGUCCAAAUGAUUGCAUGUUAUAUUGGAAAGAGCACUCCGAAGCUACUUCUUGUAGUAUUUGUGGCACAAGUAGUCGGUACAUUAAAGGGGCAGCUGAAGAUGGAACAUCUGCUAAAAAGAUAGCAGCAAAAGUACUUCGCUCUUUUCCACUAGGACCAAGAUUGCAACGGUUGUAUAUGUCUCGGCACACAACCGAGUCAAUGAUAUGGCAUUCUACAAAAAGACCAAGAGAUGGUUUUCUCCGUCACCUAGCCGAUUCUCCUGCUUGGUCAAAGGUAGAUGAGCUAUAUCCUAAUUUUGGAAAUGAGAGUCGUAAUGUCCGUUUGGGUUUGGCUAGUGAUGGGUUCAACCCGUUUGGCAACAUAAUCGUAUUAUGGACUAUAUCAGAUUUCCCAGCUUAUGCCAUGUUGUUUGGUUAUAGUACUAAAGGCUAUAAGGCAUGUCCUGUUUGCAUGGAAGAAACUGAUUCUAUUAGACUGCAUCAUGGAAAUAAAGAAUGUUUUUUGGGGCAUCAACGAUGGUUAACUAUUGAGCACAGAUAUCAGAGGUGGCGAAAUAGCUUUAAUGGUCUCCCAGAGCAUCGUGGUAGACCAACAGUAAUGUCAGGAACUGAUUGCCUUAGAGCUUUGAGUGGGUUGAGGUUUCAAUUUGGGAAGGGAAAAAUACCUGCAGGGGUUCGAAAACGAUCACGGUCAUCAACAUUGCAGCAAGAGCCAGUCAAAGGAAAUUGGAGGAAAAAAAAUAGUGUGGUUGGUACAUUGCUUGGGAUGAAAUGGAAGAACAAAGAUAGUGCAAAAGCUCAUGAAGACAUGGUACUUUUGAAUGUGAAAAAGGGUCUUCACCCUAAAUCACCAGGCGGAAGAUAUCCUCCAGCUAUUUUCAACUUAAAAAAUAUGGAGAAGACCACUAAUUGCUCAAAUAUUAGUAAUUGUGUUCGUGUUGAAGAAAUGACUUUGGUGGGACUUAAAAGUCAUGACAAUCACAUUCUUAUGCAACAUCUUCUUCCAGUUGCCAUUCGCCGUGCCAUUAGUUCUAUUUGCACACUAGAGGCUAUCAUGCCACCGGCAUUUUUCGACGUCAUGGAACACCUACCAAUUCACUUGGCUGAUGAAGCUGCUAUAGCUUGUCCAGUUCAAUACCGCUAG